CGUGUGUAGGCGCCAGUGGUGUUACUGAACACCGGACCACACGGCUCCGACCCUGCUCUCUGACCCUGCUCCAACCAGCCCUGACCCACUGUCUUCUGUGCCAUGGCAGAGGAGAAUGAAGAGCGGAAAAUGAUUGAUCCAAACUCAAAAGCAGACAGCCGGUUCAAGGAGCUGCUGCAGGUGCUGACGGACUGGAUGAAUGGGGUCCUGGCGAAGGAGAGGGUCAUCGUCAAGCAACUGGAGGAGGACCUGUAUGAUGGCCAGGUGCUGCACAAGCUGCUGGAGAAGCUGUCCGGCCUCAAGCUGAGCGUGGCAGAGGUGACGCAGUCGGAGAUCGGGCAGAAGCAGAAGCUGCAGACGGUGUUAGAAGCUGUGCAGGGCCUGCUGCGGCCCCACGGCCGGCCCAUACGCUGGACUGUGGACGCCAUCCACAGCAAGAACCUGGUGGCCACCCUGCACCUGCUGAUCACACUGGUCACACACUUCCAAGUACCCAUCCGGCUCCCUGAGCACGUCUCCGUCCAAGUCGUGGUGGUCCGGAAGCGAGAAGGUGUGCUUUAUUCAACCCAAGUCACCGAGGAGCUGACCACCUCAACCGAGAUGAUGAUGGGGCGAUACAAGCGGGAUGCCAUGGACACCCUCUUUGACCAUGCCCCGGAUAAACUCAUCAUGGUGAAACAGUCUCUCAUCAUCUUCGUGAACAAGCACCUGAACAAGCUGAACCUGGAAGUGACGGAGCUGGAGACGCAGUUUGCUGACGGUGUCUACCUCGUCCUGCUCAUGGGCAUCCUGGGACACUACUUCAUCCCACUGCAUCACUUCUACCUCACUCCUGAAAGCUUCGAGCACAAGGUGCACAAUGUCGCCUUGGCCUUCGAGCUGAUGCAGGACGCCGAACUCAAGAAACCUGAAACUCUCCCUGAAGACAUUGUCAACCUGAACCUGAGGUCGACCCUGCGGGUCCUGAACAACCUAUACGUCCGGUACAAGAAUGCUGAGUGACAGAGUGACCCGUGAGGGCGUCCCCAAAGCCUCUCCUGUGGGGCGACCUCAUCCCUGCCCCAUCCCGGAGCUGCUAUCUGCCCACCACCCUCCCUGACACUCCCCUGUGUUCCUGACCCCACUACUCCAUGCCUGGCCUGCUGGGACCCCAGACCUCACCCCUUCCAGGGCCCGGUGCCCUGCAGUGCCCACUCCUCCUCACCCGCCCCAGCCCUCCUGGCUGAGCUUCAGAGAAUGGGCACUGGGAGCUGCACCGCAGCAGGACUGGGUUGCCCAGCUUGGCUCUGAUUAUUCCACAGAAGCCCUGGAAGCUGCUGCCUCCUCCUCCUCCUCCUUCUCCUCUGGGCGGGCUGGAGCUGUUGGAAGGUGGCAGUGACUGGAGGGAUUGGGGAGAUGGAAGGAGAUGGAGAUAGAGAGACACUGAGGCAGAGAGAUGGGCUCUGGGAUUUACUUGUGCAAGUCAGACUUGUAUUUUUGCGGCCUAAUACAUUG